AUGAACUCGUCAGCAUUCAUCGUUACGUUGAUAGGAACAAUCGCUUCCGUGUUCGUUGUGUUAUUGAAUGCAUUCUUAUUGUUCAGUACAAGAAAGAAAAAACAUGAUAUUCCGCUAUUCUAUUUCCGGUUUUAUAUUGAUGUAUUCUUUGGAUUAUCCUAUUUCUUGUACUCAUUCUUUAUUCUUGGAUUUGCUCUCUACGAAAAUGCCUUUUUCAUCAGUAACUCCGCUCUUUUCUGGCUGGGACUUCCAUUCUCAAACGCAAGUGCUGCAAGGACAUUUCUGAUUCUUCUUGUUGUAUUGGAUCGAUUACUGAUUGUUUCUGUUCCUAAUAUCGUAACUCCAUUUCAGGCGACUUCCGUUCCUAUCAAAUAUCAUAACAUUCGGCCCUCUGUCCCAAAUUUCUUCAUUCUCAUCCUUCCCAUUUUAUUCACCGGCGUUGAGGACUUUGUAAUUUUUGUCAUCUGUGGAAUGAACUCCCAUUCAAUUCCGGAUACAUGUGUUGCUUUUCCAUGCACACUGAAUUCGUGUGGCUACUCGUGGUGGACAUCUUAUAAGUCUGUCAUUUUUCCAAUCAUCAUUGUCUUCACUGUUAUUUUGUGCGUAAAACUGAUCAUCUUCUCUAAACGAUUGAAGAAUUCGGUUGCAGCAACAAGGGCUAAUCGACUAGCCCUAAUUGAUGCUUUUGUCAUCUUCAUUUUUGAUUGUAUUCCUUCAUUUCUUGCAAAUCAGUUCCCAAAUUCUCCACUAGUUGAAUACACUUCAACAGGCCCUGUCACUGCAAUGCUCAAACAAGUUGGACGAACCAUUGAAUCGAUUAUUUUCGUGGAGUUACUCGUAAGAAGAAGUUCAAAAGUAGAGGAUAGUAAGAAGAAAUCAAGUCAACCUGUUUUUACGCUAGCGAAACAUUAA